CACAGAACUGAGUUGUAUGAGGAUUCUCCAUCAGCAUGCUGGCCUAUCGUAUAUUCUCCAGACUACAACAUCACAUUCAUGGGACUUGAGAAGCUGCAUCCAUUUGAUGCAGGGAAAUGGGGAAAAGUAAUCAAUUUCUUGAAAGAAGAAAAACUAAUUGCAGAUGACUUGAUUGUACAGGCACGGGAAGCUACUGAUGAAGAUCUCUUGGUUGUUCACACAAGGCGCUACCUUAAUAAAUUAAAGUGGUCGUUUGUUGUGGCUACAAUCACAGAAAUUCCACCAGUUGCCUUUCUUCCCAAUUUCGUUGUUCAGAGAAAAGUUUUGAAACCGCUCCGAACCCAGACAGGAGGAACAAUAAUGGCAGGAAAACUGGCAGUUGAUAGAGGCUGGGCGAUCAAUGUGGGGGGUGGUUUUCAUCACUGUUCAAGUGACAAAGGUGGAGGAUUUUGUGCAUACGCUGAUAUCACGUUGGCUAUAAAGUUCUUAUUUGAAAGAGUACAAGGGGUGUCCAAAGCCACAAUUAUUGAUCUGGAUGCUCAUCAGGGAAAUGGCCAUGAGAGGGACUUCAUGGAUGAUCAUCGGGUGUAUAUUAUGGAUGUGUACAACAGAUACAUUUAUCCAGGGGAUGGAUUUGCGAAACGUGCCAUAAAACGCAAGGUGGAAUUAGAGUGGGGUACAGAGGACACAGAAUACCUUCAGAAGGUACAUACUCACGUGGAAGGAGCAUUAAAUGAAUUAAAACCUGACAUCAUUGUUUAUAAUGCCGGGACGGAUAUUCUGGAUGGUGAUCCAUUGGGAGGACUUGCUAUUUCGCCUCAGGGAAUUGUGAAGAGAGAUGAAGUUGUGUUCAAGGCUGCCAGACGCCGCAGAAUCCCGAUCCUGAUGGUGACGUCGGGAGGCUACCAGAAGAGGACAGCGCGGAUUAUUGCCGAUUCCAUCCUCAAUUUGCACAACCUGGGGCUUAUUGACAAGGAGCUAGCAGCCAGUGGAGCUGGAAAUCCCAAGGUAGAACAGAUGAUUAGAGACUCUGCUAAAGACUUUAGCAAUUUGUCACUGCAAUGA